AUGAACGUCGAGAUCCCCGGGUUCUACUAUGAUCCUGAAAAGAAAAAAUACUUCAAAAUUCAGGCCAACCAUGUCGCACCACCUGGUGCCCAGUACUCGAAAGAGUCUGUCAAGCGAAAGCGUAAUGAGCACCAGGCAAGUCUUGCUGGUUUCCAACCAAGGUCACCGAUGGCCAAAUACGCGGUGCUCGCGGCUAACAUUUUACAGGAGCAAGAGAAGCGGGCCAAAGUAAACCAGCGACUGGAGCGCGAAACUGUCCGCAAGCCUAGCCUUCUUCAUCACCCACUCAUGGCUGUUGAGCGGGAGCUCGGAUCCAGGUGGUCCUCAACGGCCGUGAUGAAGGAACGACAGGCUCGGGUGUACGUGAGUCAGUUGAAACGGCGGAAACUGCACAAGUUUGAGCCCUGGCCCAGUCCGUUUAAUAUUCGACAUGUGCUGCGGAAUCCGCGUUCGGGGGCGCUGAUUACUACGACAUUGGACAGUGGACCGGAUGGAGACUCCUUCUUGGCCCCAAGGCUUCUUCCAAACCCCGAUGAAGGUGGUGAUUAUCGCUGGCCAUCUGAAUUCCAUCAUCCAUUGAAAAUACAUCUUCCUCAAACCCUCUGGUGCUCUGCCGCAUGUCCAGUUGGUGACAAGGCCCUCUUCGCCAUCGGCACGUCCGACGGGUUGCAUACCCUCGAGGGUCUAACGAGCAUGUGGACUGUCUCGCAGAAACCAUUCAGAAAAGACGACAGUAACGGCGCGCGAGGGUUCCGUCGACACGGCAAUUCCUCGCAUGCUAGUGUACAAGCCGUUGAAUGGAUCUCUCCAGACGUGGUCGUGUCAGGCCUGCGCAACUCGAAUGUGUUUCUUUACGACGUACGUAACGGCGAGAGUUCAUUACGAUUGCAGCAUUCCCAAUCAGUCACCAAGAUUCGAAAGGCAGAUCCUUGGCGGAUUGUCGUUGGAGGUCAUAAUACGGUAUGUGAUGGGUAUCUCUUCAAAUUACGCACAUCCUCUCAUCCAGCUCACGCUCCUUCCAUGCAGGUGGAAAUGUACGAUCUUCGCUACGUGGCCAAAUGUCUACACUCGAAACCAAAGCCCAUGUCUGGCUCACACAACUCCACUCGUCCAUAUCUCUCCUUCAAAGACUUUACACCAGAAGAGAUCCCCGACUUAGACGUGAGCUCUGAGUUGGGACUAUUAGCUUGCGGUAAAAUUUAUACCCUCCCUUUCUCCCUCCUUCACAAUACCUCUCUCGUCCAAUAUGUUUCUAACGCCAGAUGCGACAACAGCCUCGCAUGA